GUUCGUCCCUCCAAGGCGUCACGAGGUCGUGACUAGAAGGUAGCUAACAUCCCUCCCUCGUAGUGAUCCGGGCUUUAUCCCUCGAGUUCCCUACGUUUCUCUCCGCCGGAGCGCCCGACUAGUCCAGCCGACCUUCCAUCCGAUCACGGCGCUGUCGACACCUCCGCGCUCCAUGACCCCCGUACGCAACACCCCCUCGAGCUACCUGAGCGGAUCUAGGUCCUAGAAUGUCCAGCACUAGCAGAGGGGGUAUAGCACCUCCCUUCUCCGGCGGCAAUAACCUCGCAGAGGGUGACUCCGAACCAAGAGGCCUGUAUCCUGGAAAUGGUGCCUCAGUCGGGCCGGCCUGUCCCUACCAAGAUGCCGAGUUCUUCGGCGCCGAGUGCUCGCGCUAUUAUGAUUGCCCAACACAUAGCCUGAGGAGGAAUACGGCAGGGGAAAGCUCUGCUGAGAGUGCGCAAAAUAAUGUAGGAGGUCCGGCCGUGUCUCAUGCCGCCGCACUCCUGCAGCCUCCUGGCACGGUGGGGGGACCGAGCACGGUAUUAACUAGACUAGUCACGCCAACCUCCGGUCAAGCUCAGGGAAUUCUAGGUGGCUAUCCUUCGCAGUUUGGCGCGAGCCCUCUCGCGGGACAUGUAGGCUUCACAUCGCCGUCUUCUUCUUCCUUAGCCCUAUUAAAUUCAGGGCCCGGCCCUCUUGCGCAAGAGACUGGUGCCGCCGCUGGACAAGCUUUGCCUCGAGCGCCAGCGACACCCAGCACAACCUUGGCUGGAGCUGAGGGGUCCUCUAGCUCCAAUAUCGACGCGAGACCGUUACAAAUUGUCGGCUCAGGUCAAAUUGCGACGUCGUCGCCGUUAUCCGCACCUCCGCCGACUUCGUCACUAGGGGAGUUAAAUCCGAUAGCACCGUUGUUCUCCCCUCUCUCGGAGAGGAGGCCCACUCAGGAGAUCGCCCUACCUAGAUGGCAGCCUGACAGUGAGGCGACGUAUUGCCCGAUAUGCCAUGCACAGUUCAACUUCUUUAUUAGGAAACACCAUUGUCGGAAGUGUGGAAGGGUGGUAUGCAGCCAAUGCUCGCCCCAUCGGAUCACCAUACCGCACCAAUACAUCGUACGGCAACCAAGCGACAGGGCCUUCCAACGCUAUUCGUUCCUCGGAGACGAGGGCGGCAUCUCUGAUUUCAGCAUCAUCGGGGGUGGCGAGCAGGUCAGGCUCUGCAACCCCUGCGUGCCGGACCCAAAUACCGCACCUCCUCAAGCGCAGCACCCCGCGAACCAGCUGCCCCCAAUAUCAUCGCACCAACGAUCCCAGAGCACUUCGAGCGGAAAUGCUGCCGGCGACGGCUCUCUAAAUCGCUACCCACAGUUCCUGACAGCGCCGAACUUGCCGGAUGCUUAUGCUCGGAGUCGAAGCGUCACGAUGAAUGCUAGCGCAAGCCCCUCGAGACUUCAGAGCGGCACUUACGUGCCAACCCACAACCGAAUCCUAGCUGGCACGCCUCCGGCUUAUUAUCCUCAGUCGUACUCGGGCUACCGCCACCCCUCUUUCAUGGAUCAUCGCUUCCUCGCGCCUCCGAUCGAUUACGGCGGCCCGUCCACCUCGUCAUCGUCAUCGGUGGCGUCGUCGUCGGCAGCGGUGAUGAACCGUCCGUUGCCACCGCCGCCUCCGAUCCCCGAGGAAGACGAGUGCCCGGUAUGCCACCGCGAGCUACCGUCGAGGGACCUGCCCAACUUCGAGACGCUCCGCGAAUCGCACAUAAGCUCGUGCGUCACAGCCCACAGCACGUACAGCGCGGGCUCGGAUUCGGGCGGCAGGUCGGGCAAUUACGGGACCGCGUCGCCUCAGAUGACGCGCCUGACGGGGCAGUUUCCGUAUCUGGCGACGGAGAAGGACUGCGUCGACUCUGCCGAAUGCACGAUCUGCCUCGAGGAGUUCGAGGUGGGCGUCCGGAUGGCGAGGCUGGAGUGUCUUUGCCGGUUCCACAAGGACUGCAUCGACGCGUGGUUCUGCAACCACCCGGGCCGGUGCCCGGUGCAUCAGCACGACAGCUACGGCUAUUGACAGAGCUGUCUGCCUUAUGCCACGGCGGCACACACACACGGCACCCGAUUUCCCCGAUCAACCUACCUCGCUGUACUUGUAUCAAUUGCCGGCUUAAUAUGUUCAUACUGCUAUUCGGGGGGAGGAAAGGGGCACGGCAGGCGUUAUAGCAUGCAUCACAAUCUUUUACGGCAUCCCAACUUUUCGUUUUGUUUUACCAGGUCGACCUCAUGGACU